CGCCAGUUUUGACUACUUCGCACGCGCUGCUGUGCAUCGCAGCUCCAGCUAAUUCGUCCGCAAUCCAGGGGCCUUGGUAUCAAUCUUGCAAAUGAGUCCGUUGAGAAAGGACCCAUCGAUCGCUGGACUGUUUCUAUUCUGGAUCGGUUUGGUAUCGCUGGUGGGAUGUGGGAUUAUUGCAAUUUGCGCGUAAGGAGCUUGCUGUGAUUGAAGGGGGCGGGAGGUGGAGGCGAGCUAGGAUAUGACUCCGGGGAUGACGAGCCCGUUGGUGGAGGGGAAGAUGGGGACAGGCGGGUCCCCUAGGACGAAAGAAGCUUGUAUUGGCUCGCCAAUUAAUGUUGGGGUGGAUGUCGUUGAGCCUCAACCGCGGCGGAAAUGCCCAGAGAGUAGCUUGAAGCAGGCAUUACGAGGAGCGCGGAUGAGGGGAUCCUUGAAUGUGACCUUGGAGUCUCCUAAAGCUAUCCAGCUCCCAAAUCCUUUGAACGAUGGCCCGUCAAGCAGUCUCAAGCAAACUUUGAAGCGGGCGCGGGAAAGGGGAACUUUGGAUGCCGGGUUGGAGUCGAAUCCAGGUAAAUCCCCGCGUCUGGACUAUGUAAGGAAUACAGCAGCAUCCUCAUUGUCACAAGCCCCUGUGGUCGCAUCUUCUCCAAUGACCCCGCAAUGCACUCUGAAGGCAUCCACAAUCACGCCACCCACACCCGCAUGUCUUCCAUCCACAGAGAGAGUGAAGCCAAGGUGCCUGUUCGGCUCCGAGGAUAAGAGAGCUGAGAUCUUAAGCAACCAUUCUCGAGCAGGGACUCCGAACAAACACGUAAAGGCGACUCCAAGCAAAUCUGUGAGGUCCACGCCCAAGAAAGCUAAGACGAAGGACGAUGUCGUUGACACUCCGUCGAUGAGGAAAUCUCCUCGGUUUGUUCGCGCUGUACAGAGGAAUUUGAAUGAAACCCCGACGAAGGAGAGACGCAGGCACAGGAAUACCCUGGAACCGGGUCAGCGAGUGCCGACCAAGAAGUUUGUGCAUAAGGAAAGUAGGAAUGCAGCUCGUCGGACUGGUGGAAGUUCUCAGAAAGAGCAAUUGCGACGAUAUGUCAAAAAGGUUGUCUCCGAAGGUGUGGAGUAUCGGGUUGGUGAUGACGUAUAUGUUCGAAAAGGUGUGAAAGAAAAUGGAGACAACGCUGCUAACGGUGGUGCAGAGCAAUGGUCUGAUUCUGAUGCGGAAGUCGAAGAUUGCGUGCUCUGUGGCGAGAACGGUCAAAGCAUCAUGCUUGAAUGUGAUGAAUGUUUAGGUGGGUAUCAUUUACGUUGCCUCGACCCACCGUUGGAGGAAGUUCCAGAAGGUGAUUGGAUGUGUCCAGUUUGUUCAGCCGUGGCAAGAGGCGACAAUGUGGAACGCUCUACGCAUGCGAAACGAAGACGGAGGACUACUCGCGAAAGGUUCAUUGCGCAAGACAUUUGGGCCUCUAGAAUCGAGAAGAUAUGGCGAGACAAAGAAGGAACACUGUAUUUUCAAGGCCGAUGGUGGGCUUUACCUGAGGAAACUGCCGAUGGACGGCAACCAUGGCACGGACGGAGAGAACUCUUUCGAUCUAGUAUAGCUGAUGAGAAUGAGAUGAAUACGAUCAUCAGACAUUGUUUUGUCAUGCCACCAGAUCUGUACGCCAAAGCAGGGCAUGAAGGUGACGACGUGUUUAUGUGUGGCCACGAAUACGAUUUUCGGCACCAAACAUUCAAGCGAAUCGCAGAUGAAUUUGAUGACGUUAGCGAGGCAGAUGACAGCGAGGAUGAGAGCUUCGACCCAUCCCGUAAGAGCAAAUAUCACAGUCUGGUGUCGAGUGACGAUGACGACGACUUCGAUAAUGAGUUCGAUAUCAAGAAAAAGAGAUGCACACCAAAAGGAACUCCCAAAGGAACUCCGAAAGCAAAACCAAAAAGUACUCAAGCCACUCCAAAAGCUGCUAAUGUAUGGAAAGGCCGUGUCGAUCGUAUUGAAGGUGUUGGUGCGAAGGCAGUUCCUCGUCCUCGGAAGAGGCCCUUGACAUAUCUUGAGAAAGCUAAGGCUGCACUUGGACUGUCUGCGGCCCCAACGUCAUUGCCCUGCAGAGACAAGGAGAAGAGCGAAAUUGAGGCAUUUCUUAAGGACGCUGUAGCAGCAGGGGAAGAGUGCCUGGGACGUUGUCUCUACAUCAGUGGUGUGCCCGGCACUGGCAAGACCGCAACAGUUUUGGAGGUUAUGAAGGGCCUGAGAAGUAAGGUGGACAGUGGUGAAUUGCCGCCUUAUCGGUUUGUGGAGAUAAAUGGCCUUCGUCUACCCUCUCCCGAGCAUGCCUAUACCGUUCUUCAUGAAGCAUUGACCGGCCAACACUGUGGCUGGAGGCGCGCCUUGCAGUUUCUCGAUGCACGAUUUUCGGAUAGCAAGCCGCUGCAAGGCGUGCAUGCCCGUCCUUGCAUCCUCUUGGUCGACGAGCUUGACCUUCUGGUCACACGGAGUCAAUCGGUCCUUUAUAAUCUUUUUGACUGGCCAAGUCGUGCGAAUUCACGCCUCAUAGUAAUCGGUAUUGCCAACACGAUGGAUUUGCCUGAGCGAAUGCUGCCCCGCAUUGCGAGUCGACUGGGACUCCAUAGGAUUUCGUUUGGUCCCUAUUCUCAUACUCAGCUGCAGCAGAUAUUAGCAACUCGCCUGGAGGGAAUUCCUGCUUUUGACAAACAAGCCGUUGAGUUUGCCUCCCGCAAGGUAGCUGCAGUUUCUGGAGAUGCUCGAAGAGCCUUGGAACUGUGUAGACGGGCUGCAGAAAUAACUGAGAUGCGGGUCCAACCCAUUACUACGAGUUUUACUACUUGCGAAGCAGCCCCAGCUUCAUCUGUUCCUGUACAUCAGCAGGAUAGUAGCAAUGAACCACCAGAAUCACAGAUAGCUUGCAAGCUGAUCGGCAUGAGUGAUAUUGAGGCAGCAAUUGCAGAGAUGUUCCAAGCACCCCAUAUUCAGUUCAUGAAAAGAUGUUCCAAAUUUUCCAAGAUAUUUCUUGUGGCCAUGGUAAUUGAACAACACCGGACCACAAUGGUGGAAACAACUUUUGAGAAGGUUGUAUCUGCAUUUAUGCGUCUGUGUGUAACACACAAGGAGCAUUGCCCUGGUGAAGAUUUAAUAAUGACCGUGGGGUGUAAGCUGGGAGUAUCUAGGAUACUAUUAUGUGAGCCUGCCAUUCGUCAUCGCCAUCAAAAACUUCAACUUAAUUUUCCCUGUGAUGAUGUACAAUUCGCUCUCAAAGAUGAUAAAGAAUUAUCAUGGCUUUCGAAGUAUCUAUGAGUAGAUGAAUUUAACGGUGAAAAUGUUACGUUUUCUGCGGCCAUUAGUGUACAUUAUGAUACACUGACAAUCAGUUAGAACAAUAGACAAUGUGAAAGAGCAUAACUGACUCUGAUUAAACCGUUAUACGUACAUGAAAAAGAAAACUAUCCUAUUUUACUCUUC